GCGAUUAGGGCAAUAUCGAGGUAAACAAAAUCAUUUGUUGAUUUGAUUUGCGAAAUGUGGUAAUACAAUAGGAAAAUGACAAAGUCGAAGAUUUGCCGAACUUGCUUGAAAACCUCGGAAGUCAUGGUCAAUAUAUUUGAUCAUCCACAAUACUUGGGAAAUAAUAUUGCGAAUAUGGUAUCGCAGUGCAUACAAUAUCCACUUUAUAGAGGUGAUUUUCUACCCGAAACCAUUUGCUUGCCCUGCCUAAAGGAUGCCAAAACUGCCUUUGACACCAUCACAAAAUUCCAAAGGAGUCACCAGUUUCUCAAGGAGACUGAAAUUAAGGCUUUACUGGAUGACAAGGAAACGGGUGACCCACAGUUCCAUUGCCAGGUGAAGAAGGAGGAAUCUGUAGAGGAAUUGCCGCCUGUGGGCGCUACCAAUGGGCACCAGUUCCAGGUCAAGCUGGAGAAGCUUGAAACUACUUUUCCCCACGAAGAACCCUUUAAAGAUGAUCACAUAGAAGAAGAUUCAAAAGGCGAUCGAUUCCCAUUCGAAUAUAUGGAAGACACCCGAGGAAACUCUCCAGAAACUGCAGUACAUCACCCGGAGGAGGAGUCUCUCGAGGAUCAGCAAUUCCAAUGCCAAGUUAAGAAUGAGCCCAUUGAUGAAGAUCUCUCAGCGGAAGAAGACUACUGCGAACUCGAUCACAUUGAUCAGCACAUAAAGACUGAGGACAUAGAAGAGAAUGUCCUGGAAAGUAGCCCCCGAAUCGUUGAGAUGCAGGCCAACAGCCGAGUGGAGCCAGAACGCAAACACCAGUGCCCACAUUGCCCAAAGAGCUAUCAUCGCGCGUUCGCGCUGAAGGAACACCUCACAGUUCACACGGCUGAGAAGCCAUUCGAGUGCCACCACUGCUCGAAGAGAUUCAAAACGGCCAGAUAUCUGAGGGAGCACCAGACCAUACACACCGGCGAACGGCCGUUCAAGUGCACGCACUGCUCGAACACGUACAGAAAGAAGACCUGCCUGCAGCGGCACAUCCAAACGUAUACGGGAGUACGACCCUUCAAGUGCACCCACUGCCCCAAGACAUUUGCCACCGACUACGAUUUUCAGUCGCACAUCCGAAAUUAUUCGGGCGACAAACCCUACAAGUGCGGCGCCUGCUCCAAGUCCUUUGCCACGCAAUCCGUGCUCAAUGUGCAUGCCCGCAUCCAUACGGGCGAUAAGCCCUACAAGUGCACCGAGUGCUCGCGCGCCUUCCUAUGGAACUCCAGCCUCCAGGGUCACAUGCAGCGGCUCCAUUCCAAGGAGCACCCCUUCAAGUGCGCCACUUGCAGCGCAUCCUUUUUGGCAGAGAGCUCCCUGAAUCGGCAUAUGCGGGUGCACAAGAAGGAGUAGAUCUUGCGAUGAUCGGACAUCGUAAACGAAGGGAAAUCCAGAUUUGUUGGACCCACUGAACUGAUAUUAUUAUUUAAAACAAGAAGGCAAAUGUGGCAUGCACUUUGUAUUUUUAUUAUUUUUAUUAUUGUAUAAUACCGCAUUUCAAACAUGUAAAUAUCAUAUGUAAGUUGACUUGUCUGCGCAUAUCACUGU